AAAUAUUUGUUACAAAUAGAAGAACCAUGUCGUGUUUGCUGUCUCCAGAACACAAUGUCUCUUGUGGGCGGAACCCUUUUUUUUUUAUUGCCAUCACAAUAUGAACGUAUAACCUGCAAACUGCAGAGAAAAACCAGAUUCGUACAUUUUAAUUCUGUUUCGUGAGAAAGAACCUCACGCUGAUUGGUACCGGAUCGCCUUUACCUCACGGGUGAAAACUGAAUGCCUAUUGUGGAAUCAUCAACAGGAUUGAAGGACUUUUUCUACCAUCAUUUGUAAUUAAAUCGAAUUUGUUCAUUAUUUCUUGGUACGUCUUCAAGUUCCCUAGUAUAUUUAACAUAGAAUGAACAACUUUCUCUGUAUCUCAUCAUACUGAUCUAUAUUCAGUGCACUUCAUUGGUUAUCCUCGUGCAAACUUUGUCUUGAUGAGAGCUGAAAGUUGAUCCUAGGAAAGGCUCAUACGACUCGGAACAAACACUUUCAGUUUACAAGUCUACAAUUGGUUUAUUCGCUAAGGUUUUUGAACCGUUGACAUGUAUACACUUCGCUAGGAUUAAACCGACAGAGCAUAUCGUCACGUCGAAAGUACACGUACAUAAACCAUCAUAAUUUAAGAUCGUUCAAGAUUUUUCGGUCUGACUGCAAUGGCGCGAUUGAGGAAAGCCCCUGGCAAGGGACAUCAAAAUGAGUCUGUCCAGGAUCUUACCGAUAGUACUGCUGUUCGUCUAACCCGUCAAGUCACCCUUAUAGAUAGUGUAUCUCUCACAGUUGGUAUGAUCAUAGGAUCUGGUAUUUUCAUCUCUCCAACGAGUGUCCUGGCAAACUCUGGAGGGAUAGGCUGGGCUCUCUUCGUCUGGGUUCUUUGUGGCAUUCUAUCAAUGCUUGGAGCACUAUGUUAUGCGGAGCUUGGGACGACCUUCCCAGUAUCUGGGGGAGACUUCUCAUACCUACUGGAAGCGUAUGGUCCGAUCCUGGCCUUUCUAAGACUUUGGACUAGUGUGGUUUCCAUCAGGACGGCAUCCUCUGCUGUUUUGUCUUUGACGUGUGUAACUUAUAUUCUCCUGCCGUUCUACCCCAACUGUGACAUCCCACCCGUGGUGUUACGCCUGGUUGCAGUCUGUGUACUUUAUGCCAUCUUUUUCGUGAACAGCCUGAGUGUCCCUCUAAGUCGCAGGAUACAAGUCUUAUUCACGGUAGCUAAGCUCCUUGUAAUUGGUUUAGCUGUCAUCAUUGUUUCUGAUUAG